GUAACGGUUCUGUGGCCCUCAAUAACAAUUCUGUGUCUGUCCCUGAGUAACAAUUCUGUGGCCCUAAGUAACGGUUCUGUGGCCCUCAGUAACAAUUCUGUGUCCCUGAGUAACAAUUCUGUGGCCCUAAGUAACAGUUCUGUGGCCCUCAGUAACAAUUCUGUGUCCCUCAGUAACAAUUCUGUGUCUGUCCCUGAGUAACAAUUCUGUGGCCCUAACUAACGUUUCUGUGGCCCUAAGUAACAGUUCUGUGGCCCUCAGUAACAAUUCUGUGGCCCUGAGUAACGUUUCUGUGGCCCUAAGUAACAAUUC